CCGAUGCAUCAAAGCCAUGAUGCUUCUUCAUGAACUCGGAAAGCUUGGGGAACGUGAGAGGUCAGCUUGUGGCUUCCCCCAAAAAGGCCUCGAUGAUGAUCCUCUUGAGGGGCUCCCAUCGUUGAUCUUAAGGGAUGUCAUGGAACGUGGCCUGGGGGGCCGAGCCAAAGGUUCUCGGGGCAUCCAUCACUGCCACAAAUAAUUGAGGCAACAGUGAUG